AGGUACAACAUCCUGAACAGUAGCUUCAGUAGAGGCACCUCCCUGGACACGAGAGCGAUGCAGUGACUCGGGUUUUCAGAGAACUUCUCAGAUAUGGAGCUGUGGAAUAUAACCAACCUGGAAUGGAAACCAAACUCCUCGACGGCUAACUGUUCUGUGGACACAAGCUACCGCUACACCUUUUAUCAGGUGACCUAUAGCGUCAUCUUCCUGCUGGGACUGGCCACCAACGGCCUGGCGCUGCGCAGACUGUGCACGUCUCCUUGCACCAUGAACAGCACGGGCGUCUACAUGGCCAGCCUGUCCUUCGCAGAUUUGUUCUUUGUGAUCUCCCUACCAAUGAGAAUCUACUACUACCUCCAAAAGGCUCGAGCUUGGUCCAAAACCAGUGACCUGACCAGCUGGACUUCUGGAGCAGCUUUUUGCCAGAUCACCUUCGUCCUAAAAUACAUCAGCUUGUAUGGGGGGAUCUUCUUCCUGGUGUGUAUUGCUGUGGACCGAUACUUUGCUGUGGUGCAUCCUCUUGCCCUGACCCUCCGCAGGCAACGUGUGGCGCAGGCAGUGAGCGGGGCGAUAUGGUGUGUGGUGCUGGGACUCAGUGUGAGUCUACCUUUGCUCCGUUUGGCCGCUUCUCGUCAUAACCAGCCCUGCCUCUUGGACCCAUCCUCUAUGCACCACAGGACUUUCAUCCUGGUCUCUCUGGGUUUAGUUUUGGGGUCCUUCCUGCUGCCCACUUUGAUACUUCUCUACUGCUACUGCAAAGUGCUGAGUGUUGUCCAAAAAUCGAGGCAACGCUGUCUUCGCCAGCGCCGCAACCGUCGUCAGACCCUUAAAAUAAUUUACUGGGUCCUGGGUGUCUACCUGCUGUGCUUUCUGCCCUAUCACGUCAACCUGCUGGGGUAUACCCUGACACACUUGAAGCUGCUGCCUCACUGCGGCCUGGCCAGAUUGACCAUGAUCAUGCACCCUGUGGUUCUUUCACUGGCCAGCUUUAACUGCUGCCUUAAUCCACUAAUCUAUUACUUCUCCAGCAGCCUGGUGCACAGGGAAGCUUCAGGGGGUGCAUAAGGAUAGUUUCAAGGAAUACACCCUUUAAUUUCAAACUUUUUGUACCCGUAAGAGAACUUCCUUUUGUUAUGAAGAAUAAAAAAAUAAAUAAAGUGUACAAAUGUUACAAAUACAA